AUGAAAGGAGUGAGGCAAGACUUUGUCCCUGACAGGCUAAGUCGAGAGACCGCCCGUUUUUCAAGGCCUGGCCCAGGCGCCGUUUCAAAAUGUGAAAAGGAGCCGAUCGGCCGAUCGAUCUCGUUAAAGGUUGAGUUGGUGAUCGAGCUCCUUUUUUGGCUCAGUUCACGUCAUGAGAGACGUGCGAAUUGCGCGGUCGUGCGGCUGUGCCCCAUGGACAAAGUCUCCUGGAGCUCGCUGUUGGAAGCCUAUGACAUGCUUUGGAAGAUGAUCAUCCGACCACCCAGGUCCCAGUACAAGCUGUCAGAGCUUGGCCCCCCGAAGUUCCGGAUAGGCUCGCAGGUCUACACCCGAGAGGACUUCCAGUUGAAGAAUGAUCGCGGCAUGUUGCUAGUUUGCAGCCUCUACCGUACCUUCCCCAAGCAGGGCGGCGCGCCGUGCGUCAUCUACUUGCACGGCAACUGCUCAUCGCGCGUAGAAGCCAUGGAUGUGCUGCAGGUGGUCCUGGCCAAGAACUUGAUGCUUUGCUCGCUGGACCUCUCCGGGUCAGGGCACAGCGAGGGAGAGUUCAUCUCGCUGGGCCACUUCGAGCAGUUGGACCUCAAGGUUCUCAUCCAGUUCCUUCGGUCCUCGGGCGUGGCGCAGCUGGGCUUGUGGGGCAGGUCCAUGGGUGCUGCGACUUCAAUCCUCCGAGCAGCUGAGGACUGGAGCAUCAGCGCUGUCGUCUUGGAUUCUCCUUUCAGCAGCCUCCCCCUGGUGGCGCAGGAGUUGGUAAACAGUCAGAUCUCCAUCCCCGAGUUUAUGAUGAACUUGGCGCUCGGACGAGUACGGCAGGAGAUCUUGGACCGCGCCAAUUUCGACAUCCAGGACCUACAGCCCAUCCGCAGCGCGUCGCGGGCGCGGGCGCCGGCGCUCUUCGCCACGGCCAAGGAUGACGAUUUCAUUUUGCCCCACCACACCUUCGACCUUCACAGCGCUUGGGGCUGUGAAAGGAAGCUUGUGACCUUUGAGGGCGGGCACAACGGACUGCGCCCAAAGUGGUUUUUGGAGGAAGGCGCAGAUUUCUUGGCAAAGCGUUUGAAAGACAAGCUGCCAGCCAUGCCCAGCCCGAUGCUGGUGUCAAAGCCAGUGGUGGAGGUGGAGGACCCCGUGCCGCCGGCGCCUCAGCCGGUGCCUCAGCCGGCGAAAGCAAGAGGUGCGCCGGCCCCGGCGCCGUCCGUGCGCUCGCGACCUGCACCGGGGGAGGUGGCGUCCCAGCUCGUGGCCAUGGGCUUCAGCAAGGAGGUGGCGGAGGAGGCUGCAAAGCAGUUCGCUUCCGCGGAAGCCGCCAUGGAGUGGACCCUGCAAGAGGACACGACCCGAUCGGCGGCGCUGGACUCCUCACUUUCCAAGAAGCUGAGACCGCCGGAGCGACGACGCAACACGCUGGAUGCAGAGUCCGCGGUGGAGGCCGCAGCGGCGGCGGCGGGCGCGGCGGUCUGGGCGCGACUGCGCCAGGGCUCUGCGCUGGGGGAGCUCUGCCACCGAGGCCUGGUGCCGCAGCUUGUGGAGCUGGGCUUCGCCGCCGACGCGGCGAGCGCGGCGGCGGCGCGCUGCUCCUCCGUGUCGACCGAGGCGCUGAGCGAAAAUGCGCCUUCCAUUCGCAACUACGACAGUGUAGGAUCGGAGGCUCUGCUCAUUUGCCUGGAACUGCCAUUGGCUCAUCCUUCAGAGCCAAGCGGCCAAGUGAUCAUGCCGGAGGGUGAGGAGAAGCCGAAGCGCGAGCCGCGGGAGGAGAUCACCCGCCACAGCAUGGUCCUCUGCGAUCAACGUCCGCCAGGGGCGCACAAGGAGGCGCAGAAGAAGAUGGAUUUCUUUGAGCAAGUCGUCGGCUCCGACAAGAAGAAGCUGCCGCUGUGCCAAGCCUUUGUUGCCCCCGCAGGCACAAAGGUGUGGCGCAGUUCUCCUAGUGCUUGUGCUCCUAGCACUCCCAGUACUCCAAGCGCGGGAGAGGCGCAAAACACCCAAUUGGGAUUCGGAGUCAUCGCACUUGCAGCAUGUGCAGCCCUGCGAAAGCGAGUCUGCCUGCACGCCGUAAAGAAAAAGAAAGAGACCGCGACCAAGUCAUCCAGGUUGAGCAAAGGAGCCAUCCUCACCGUGCGGAAGAGCAAGAACAACACGCAUGUAGCGCUCUGUGACAGCGACAACAUGGUGGUGUGGGCUACCACAGAGAAGCGAUACGGCGUGCUGCUGCCAAACGCCAAUCGGGCCAUCGAGGCUUGCUUGUUCGUGGCAGACAAGCUGGGUGUUGAGUCCAUUGAACUGCAAGUGAAAGGCAUGCCAAACUCACUGGGAGGCAUCAUCGCGACAGUGCGCAACAGCGGCAUUCAGGUAUCCAAAGCGUAUGUGAGGAGCACUAUUGCCUAUGGAGGCAGCCGCCCAAGAUUGGCACGCCGCAUCUAA